AUGGCACUAGAAGUCAUAAGAGUCAUCAAAAAGAAAAGGAUUCCUCAGAGGAAAAGGAUUCCCCAGAGGAAAAAGAAUCCUCGGAGGAAAAGGAUUCCCCAGAAGAAAAAGAAUCCUCAGAGGAAAAUGAAUCCUCGCAGAAAAAGGAUUCCCCAGCAGAAAAAGAAUCCCCCAGAGGAAAAAGAAUCCUCGCAGAAAAGGAUUCCCCAGCAGAAAAAGAAGCCCCCAGAAGGAAAAGAAUCCUCGCAGAAAAGGAUUCCCCAGCAGAAAAAGAAUCCCCCAGAAGGAAAAGAAUCCUCGCAGAAAAAGGAUUCACCAGCAGAAAAAGAAUCCCCAGAAGGAAAAGAAUCCCCAGCAGAAAAAGAAUCCCCCAGAAGAGAAAAGAAUCCUCGCAGAAAAAGGAUUCCCCAGCAGAAAAAGAAUCCCCCAGAAGGAAAAGAAUCCUCGCAGAAAAAGGAUUCCCCAGCAGAAAAAGAAUCCCCCAGAGGAAAAAGAAUCCUCGCAGAAAAGGAUUCCCCAGCAGAAAAAGAAUCCAGAAAAAGAAUCCCCCAGAAGGAAAAGAAUCCUCGCAGAAAAAGGAUUCCCCAGCAGAAAAAGAAUCCCCCAGAAGGAAAAGAAUCCUCGCAGAAAAAGGAUUCCCCAGCAGAAAAAGAAUCCCCCAGAAGGAAAAGAAUCCUUGCAGAAAAGGAUUCCCCAGCAGAAAAAGAAUCCCCCAGAGGAAAAAGAAUCCUCGCAGAAAAGGAUUCCCCAGCAGAAAAAGAAUCCCCCAGAAGGAAAAGAAUCCUCGCAGAAAAAGGAUUCCCCAGAAGAAAAAGAAUCCCCCAGAAGGAAGAGAAUCCUCGCAGAAAAGGAUUCCCCAGCAGAAAAAGAAUACCCCAGAAGGAAAAAGAAUCCUCGCAGAAAAAGGAUUCCCCAGAAGAAAAAGAAUCCCCCAGAAGGAAAAGAAUCCUCGCAGAAAAAGGAUUCCCCAGCAGAAAAAGAAUCCCCCAGAGGAAAAAGAAUCCUCGCAGAAAAGGAUUCCCCAGCAGAAAAAGAAUCCCCCAGAAGGAAAAGAAUCCUCGCAGAAAAAGGAUUCCCCAGCAGAAAAAGAAUCCCCCAGAGGAAAAAGAAUCCUCGCAGAAAAGGAUUCCCCAGCAGAAAAAGAAUCCCCCAGAAGGAAAAAGAAUCCUCACAGGAAAGGAUUCCCCAGCAGAAAAAGAAUCCCCCAGAAGGAAAAGAAUCCUCGCAGAAAAAGGAUUCCCCAGCAGAAAAAGAAUCCCCCAGAGGAAAAAGAAUCCUCGCAGAAAAAGGAUUCCCCAGCAGAAAAAGAAUCCCCCAGAGGAAAAAGAAUCCUCGCAGAAAAGGAUUCCCCAGCAGAAAAAGAAUCCCCCAGAAGGAAAAAGAAUCCUCGCAGAAAAGGAUUCCCCAGCAGAAAAAGAAUCCCCCAAAAGGAAAAGAAUCCUCACAGAAAAGGAGAUUCCCCAGCAGAAAAAGAAUCCCCCAGAAGGAAAAGAAUCCUCACAGAAAAGGAUUCCCCAGCAGAAAAAGAAUCCCCCAGAAGGAAAAGAAUCCUCGCAGAAAAAGGAUUCCCCAGCAGAAAAAGAAUCCCCCAGAAGGAAAAGAAUCCUCGCAGAAAAAGGAUUCCCCAGCAGAAAAAGAAUCCCCAGAAGGAAAAGAAUCCUCACAGAAAAAGGAUUCCCCAGCAGAAAAAGAAUCCCCCAGAAGGAAAAGAAUCCUCACAGAAAAAAGGAUUCCCCAAAAAAGAAUCGCCCAGAAGGAAAAGAAUCCUCGCAGAAAAAGGAUUCCCAGCAGAAAAAGAAUCCCCCAGAGGAAAAAGAAUCCUCGCAGAAAAGGAUUCCCCAGCAGAAAAAGAAUCCCCUAGAGGAAAAAGAAUCCUCGCAGAAAAUGAUUCCCCAGCAGAAAAAGAAUCCCCCAGAAGGAAAAGAAUCCCCCAGAGGAAAAAGGAUUCCCCAGCAGAAAAAUAAUCCCACAGAGGAAAAAGAAUCCUUGCAGAAAAAGGAUUCCCCAGCAGGAAAAGAAUCCCCCAGAAGGAAAAGAAUCCUCGCAGAAAAAGGAUUCCCCAGCAGAAAAAGAAUCCCCCAGAAGGAAAAGAAUCCUCACAGAAAAAAGGAUUCCCCAGCAGAAAAAGAAUCCCCAAGAAGGAAAAAGAAUCCUCGCAGAAAAGGAUUCCCCAGCAGAAAAAGAAUCCCCCAGAAGGAAAAGAAUCCUCGCAGAAAAAGGAUUUCCCAGCAGAAAAAGAAUCCCCCAGAAGGAAAAGAAUCCUCGCAGAAAAAGGAUUCCCCAGCAGAAAAAGAAUCCCCCAGAAGGAAAUGA